UGUGAGGGCCACUGGCCUGGGAAGACUCUGGCUAUGCCUGGCCAGCUGCCAUGCCUUCCAGGUGUCCAAGGUAACUGCACUCCUUAAAGGGAGCCUCUCGAGACUUGGUUUGUGUCUGUCACUGUGAUAAUCUUUUCCUAGUAGCCAAAGUACACAUCCCUAGGAUGGUGGCCAUUCUCAUACUGGCCUUCACCUCCAAGCCCAGUACUUUCCUCCUCCCUCCAUCCCUUAUUCUGCACCUCUACUCCCAGGCUUUGUCUCUUUCUGCCUUGGUGUGCCCCAGAAUCCUUGCUUGUGUUCUAUGGGGACUCCCACCCCAACCUCCAGCAAGGCACAGAGGUGAAGUAGACUCUAUCUGGAGGUGCCCCCAAGCCCUGGGGCCACACUAGGUUUCACUCUGGUAGCCCUGCUCCAUCUGUGCCACCAUGUCCACCUGGAGUUCCUUGUCCUCCCCUCCCAGGAGACUCUGCCUCCAGCCCUCAGCUCAGCCUGCACUGCAACAUCCCUAGUGCAAGCUCUUGGAGUUACCAAGGGUUGGCCACACCAGUGCCUAGUAGCACACAGCCACCUCUGGCUUGGGAGUCCCUCAUGGACUUCCCACUAAGGUAGGGGCAUUCAGCACCUUGAGAUGAAGCACACCAUUUUUCUGAAGGUGACACUAAACCCCAAACUGACAGAAUUAAUGUGACAGAAAAUGCAAGACACCCAGCACCCAGCCAGAGUUGGCCCUGGGAGGCCCUCCCCCUCACUAUCCAUGCCACCUGCCUCUGCUCCCAGGUAGGCAGUAACCCACACAGGUGCACUGUGGGCACCACUCGGGAUGCACGGGGCCAGCCUGACCUGGGAAGAACAGACCAUCCCACACCUGUGCGUCUGUGAGUACACGGUAUGCACGCACACGGCCUUGGCUCCAGCUCCAUAAAUACUGGAAAAGUGGCGAGAAGGACUGCCUAGAGGCAGACACUCACCAUGGGGCACCUGGAGGCUCUGUUUCUUGGCCUCACCUGCUGCUUGGCAGCAGCUUAUGCUGCAAAGCUGGGUGCUGUGUACACAGAAGGAGGUUUCGUGGAGGGCAACAACAAGAAGCUCAGUCUCUUGGGUGGCGACUCGGUUGACAUCUUCAAGGGCAUCCCCUUUGCCACCGCCAAGACCCUGGAGAAUCCCCAGCGUCACCCUGGCUGGCAAGGAACUCUGAAGGCCAAGGACUUCAAGAAACGAUGCCUACAGGCCACCAUCACCCAGGACAACACCUAUGGGCAAGAAGACUGCCUCUACCUCAAUAUCUGGGUCCCCCAGGGCAGGAAACAAGUGUCCCAGAACCUGCCUGUAAUGAUCUGGAUCUAUGGAGGUGCCUUCCUUAUGGGGUCUGGCCAUGGGGCCAAUGUCCUCAAAAACUACCUGUAUGACGGGGAAGAGAGUAACUUUGGCCUUCGAGAUCAGCACAUGGCUAUCGCCUGGGUGAAGAGGAACAUUGCAGCCUUUGGGGGGGACCCUGAUAACAUCACCAUCUUUGGGGAGUCUGCCGGAGGUGCCAGUGUCUCUCUGCAGACCCUCUCCCCAUACAACAAGGGCCUCAUCCGGCGAGCCAUCAGUCAGAGUGGUGUGGCACUGAGCCCCUGGGCCAUCCAGAAGAACCCACUUUUCUGGGCCAAAAAGAUUGCUGAGAAGGUGGGAUGCCCCACAGACGACACCGGCAAGAUGGCAGGGUGUCUGAAGAUCACAGACCCCCGGGCCUUGACAUUGGCCUACAAGCUGCCCUUGAAAAGCCAGGAGUACCCCAUAUGGCACUAUCUGGGCUUCACCCCUGUCAUCGAUGGAGACUUCAUCCCUGACGACCCCAUCAAUCUGUAUGCCAAUGCCGCCGACAUUGACUACUUAGCUGGCAUUAACGACAUGGAUGGCCACCUUUUUGCUACUGUUGAUGUACCAGCCAUCGACAAGACCAACCAGGAUGUCACAGAGGAGGACUUCUACAGACUAGUCAGCGGAAACACUCUCAACAAGGGGCUUAAGGGUGCCCAAACCACCUUUGACAUCUACACUGAGUCCUGGGCCCAGGACCCGUCCCAGGAGAACAAGAAGAAGACAGUGGUGGCCCUUGAGACUGACAUCCUCUUCCUGAUACCCACAGAGAUGGCUCUGGCCCAGCACAGAGCCCAUGCCAAGAGUGGCAAUACCUAUUCUUACCUGUUUUCCUACCCUUCACGGAUGCCUGUCUACCCGAAAUGGAUGGGGGCUGACCAUGCCGAUGACCUCCAGUACGUCUUCGGAAAGCCCUUCGCCACCCCAUUGGGCUACCGGGCCCGAGACAGGACUCUCUCCAAGGCUAUGAUUGCCUACUGGACCAACUUUGCCAGGAGUGGGGAUCCCAACAUGGGCAACUCACCCGUGCCCACACACUGGUACCCUUAUACCUUGGAGAAUGGCAAGUACCUGGACAUCACUAAUAAGAUAACUAGCACUUCCGUGAAGGAGCACCUAAGGGCCAAGUUCCUGAAAUACUGGGCUGUGACAUACGAGGUGCUGCCCACAGUGACUGAUGGCGAGGACACCCUCCCUCCCCCUGAGGAUGACUCAGAGGCUGUCCCUGUGCCCCCUGUGGAUGACUCAGAAGCUGCCCCUGUGCCCCCUGUAGAUAAUUCCCAGACUGCUCCUGUUCCACCCACAGAUGACUCUGUGGAGGCUCAGGUGCCUGUCGCCAUUGGCUUCUAAUAUCUUGUAAGCCUUGGCCUCAGGGUCCUCUUCUUAGCUC